AGCUGUGGCAGACCCUCCAGACCCAAGGGCACUUCCAGCUCCGUCUCCCACCAGGCAAGAUGUGCAGCGCUGAGUACGCAGGCUUGCUGCUCGCUUUCCAGGUCUUCAUAUUAGACGAGCUGGUGGCCCGUGGCUUCUGUCAGAUCCAGGCAAAGACUUUUGGGAUCCCCGUUCCCAUUCCUGUCUGCGACGGAUCCACGGUGCAGGUGGAGUGUCUGACCGGGGAGCGUUUAGGAGUGAAUGUCACAUGGAAGGUGCAGCUGAAGGAUGUCCCACUGGCCUCUCUUCCUGAUUUGCAUGAUAUUGAGGAGGCCUUAGUUGGCAAGGAUCUCAUUGGACGCUUCACAGAUCUGAUCCAGAGUGGAGGGUUCCAGCUUCAUCUGGAUUCCAAGACAUUCCCUGCAGACACCUCCAUCUACUUCCUUCAAGGAGACCGCUUUGGCACCUCUCCCAGGACAUGGUUUGGGUGCUUGGAAGGAUUCCGCCAAGUCUUGGCUACCAGUGAUGCCACUCAGGACGCGUUGGGGUGCGUUAAAUGUCCUGAAGGAAGCUAUUUUCAGAAGGAGAUUUGUAUUCCCUGUCCUGUUGGAUUCUACCAAGAACAGGCAGGGAGCAUGGCCUGCAUCCCAUGUCCCAUGGGCAGAACGACCAUUUCCCCUGGAGCUUUCAGCCACAUGCACUGUGUCACUGAAUGUCAGAGGAGUGAGGCGGGCCUGCAAUGUGACCAGGACGGCCAGUACCGAGCCAGCCAGAGGGACAGGGACAGCGGGAAGGCCUUCUGCGUGGACGGCGAGGGGCGGAGGCUGCUGUGGUCAGAGACGGAGUCUCCCCUCUCUGACUCCCAGUGUCUGAUGAUGCGGAAAUUUGAGAAGGCUCCAGAAUCUCAAGUGAUCCUCAGUGCCAGUGUCACUGUGGGGGGUGGGCCCAAAGUUCCUGGCUCUGAGUCCCCCCUGCUGCAGUGCUUCAUAGGUUCUGGCGAGGUGAGUGGCAACUGGGGGUUGCUGGACCAGCGGGAGGCUCUGACCUGGGUGCAGACUCACAUCGGAGUGUUUGGUGGGGACCCUCGGCGCGUGACUCUGGCAGCAGACCGUGGCGGAGCUGACGUGGCCAGCAUCCACCUUCUAACCACCAGGGCUGCUGACUCCAGGCUCUUCCGGAGGGUCAUGCUGAUGGGUGGCUCUGCGUUCUCCCCAGCUGCUGUCAUCAGCCAGGAGAGGGCUCAGCAGCAGGCAGCCGCUUUGGCAGAGGAAGUCAGCUGCCCCACCUCGUCCACCCAAGAAAUGGUGUCCUGUCUCCGCCAGAAGCCUGCCAGUGUCCUUAAUGACGCCCAGACCAAGCUCCUGGCUGUGAGUGGUCCUUUCCACUACUGGGGUCCUGUGGUUGAUGGCCAGUACCUCCGAGAGGCUCCAGCCAGAGCGCUUCAGAGGGCUCCGCGGGCGAAGGUCGAUCUGCUGAUUGGGAGUUCUCAAGAUGACGGGCUCAUCAACAGAGCAAAAGCCGUGAAGCAAUUUGAGGAAAGUCAAGGCCGGACCAGUAGCAAAACAGCCUUCUACCAGGCGCUGCAGAACUCGCUGGGCGGUGAGGACGCGGACGCUGGCGUGCAGGCAGCAGCUACGUGGUACUACUCCGUACAGCACUCGGCCGACGAGUACGCCUCCUUCUCCCGGGCCCUGGAGAACGCCACCCGGGACUACUUUAUCACCUGUCCCGUAAUCGACAUGGCCAGCCACUGGGCAAGGAGGGCCCGAGGGAAUGUCUUCAUGUACCACGCUCCCGAAAGCUAUGGCCACAGCAGCCUGGAUUUGCUGGCAGAUGUUCAGUAUGCCUUUGGGCUUCCCUUCUACCCUGCCUGCAACGGUCAGUUUACUCUGGAGGAGAAAGGCCUGUCACUGAAAAUCAUGCAGUUCUUUUCGAACUUCAUCCGAUCCGGGAAUCCCAACUACCCGCAUGAGUUCUCUAGGAAAGCCCCUGAGUUUGCGGCCCCCUGGCCUGACUUCAUCCCACGGGCCGGUGGGGAGAACUACAAGGAGCUCAGCGUCCUGCUCCCCAACGGGCAGGGCCUCAAAAGCGCUGACUGCUCCUUCUGGUCCAAGUACAUCCCGUCUCUGAAGGCCGAGGCGGCAGAUGAAGCCAAGCACGGGCUGUCAGCAGAGAGUGAAGAGGACGAUGGGCCAGUUAACUCUGGGCUGGUCGGAGAGCCAGGCUCCAAGAGCUACAGCAAGUGA